UUUUUUUGUGUUUUUAAGGAAACUGUGAUGAGUGUAAUAACAUAAAAAAUACUUAUGUAGUAUAGAGAUACCCAAAAAAACGCUUCCUUGAGGUAGUUUUUCUGAAAAACUAAAAAAGUGCCAGAAUUUCGAAUUUUAUCGAGCACAACGGAAGUAGCACAAGGUUCUCAGGGUUGCAAACUUGAGUAUAAAUUACUCACAAGAGUCCUAACAAUAUAUAAAAAAUCAUACAUAGGUACAUGCGCGUUUGCGAUGUUUGAUGCUUUUAUUGACUGACCUAUGAUUAGUUUAUCAUGAAGAUCAUGGGAGAACUUAGAAAAAACCAAAAAAUAUUGAAAUUUCCAACUAAUACCCGACCAGACGUGGCCCUGAAAAGCCGCAUUAAAAUUUUAUCGUUAUUUGAAAAAAUAUGGCUUCAAAAGUAGGUUUAAAGGUAUUCGUCAACGGAAUAAGGCCAUUUUCCAGUUCUUCAGUCAACAACGCAAUUCAAAAUGUGACUAUUGUAGGGGGCGGACUUAUGGGAUCAGGAAUUGCACAGGUUGCAGCUCAAAAAGGCAACAACGUAACAAUCCUAGAAGUAAGCCAAGAUCAACUUAAAAAUGCACAGAAUAUCAUCGGAAACAGCUUGGGCAGGGUGGCAAAGAAACUAUACAAAGAUGAUACUGAUGCCGCUCAGAAAUUCGUACAAGAAACAGCGUCAAGGAUAAAAGGUACUACUGAAGUGAAAGAAGCAGUUGAAAACUCAGAUUUAGUAGUUGAGGCUGUUAUAGAAAAUAUGGAGCUGAAACAUAAAAUUUUCAAGGCUUUGGAUGAAGCUGCUCCUGCUAAAACUUUAUUCGCUUCAAAUACGAGCUCGUUGUCAAUUACCGAAAUCGCUUCUGUGGUUAAUAGGAAAGACAAAUUUGGUGGAUUGCACUUUUUCAACCCAGUUCCAGUAAUGAAAUUGCUAGAAAUCAUCCGCACCGAAGACACGUCAGAUUCGACUUACGAGGCCCUUUUGGCGUGGGGCAAGGCCAUAGGCAAGACUUGCGUCAAGUGCAAAGACACCCCGGGAUUUAUCGUCAACAGGCUUUUGGUGCCUUACAUUGCCGAAGCUGUCCGAAUGCUGGAACGAGGUGACGCCUCCAAAGAGGACAUCGAUAUCGCCAUGAAACUAGGUGCGGGCUACCCGAUGGGACCUUUGGAGUUGUCCGAUUACACCGGUUUGGAUACCGGAGUCUUUAUCAUGGAAGGAUGGCACAAGAAAUUCCCGGAAAAUCCACUUUUCAAACCUGUAGAAUUGCAAAAGAAACUGGUGGCCGAAGGCAAACUCGGCAGGAAAACCGGACAAGGAUUUUACAAUUAUAAUAAAGCAAACAAACUGUAAUUUUUUUUGUAAAUAAAAAGGAAUUUUCCAGAUUUUUCUAGAAGUUGGAACAAGGAUUGUUAGCUUGGAAGACACCAAAAACACAAUUAUUAUUAUAUUGUUAAAGCCAAG